AAUUCGACCUUCAAACACGAAUUCGAACGACUGCGUUAUUUCAACGGUCAUUUUAUCGGGAUCAAUAUUAAAGACGUUUAGAAAUUUAAUAUGAGUACAAUAAUUUUACGAAACAAUGUUAAAAUCGGUGGUAACAAUUCGUGUUUUAUUAUCGCUGAAAUUGGACAAAAUCAUCAAGGUGACAUUGAAAUUGCAAAAAAACUGAUAAAAGCGGCUAAGGAAGCUGGUGCAGAUUGCGUUAAGUUUCAAAAGAGUAGUCUUAAAGAUAAGUUUACAAAACAACGGUUAGAACAACCGUAUAACAACAUCAACUCAUGGGGAUCCACGUACGGCGAACACAAACGAUAUUUAGAAUUUUCCGAAGACGAAUACAGAGUCUUGUUAAAAUAUGCACAAGAUCUUGAUAUUAUGUUUACAGCCUCUGCGAUGGAUAUGGAAUCUUUUGACUUUUUACUCAACCUGAAAGUCCCAUUCAUAAAGAUAGGGUCCGGAGACUCCAACAAUCUUCUUUACAUAAAAUACGCUGCGACCAAGAAGAUUCCACUCAUAGUUUCUACGGGAAUGAUAGAUAAAGCGACUGUGACAUCCAUCUAUGAUAUAAUAUCAACACAACAUAAACAUUUCUGCUUACUACAUUGUGUGUCCGCGUAUCCUACGCCUUACGAAGACUGUAAUCUAAGAGUCCUCCAAGAUUAUAGGAAUUGUUACGAUGUUCCUGUGGGUUACUCUGGUCAUGAGCUGGGAAUAAAGGUCGUUAUAGCUGCUGUUGCUUUAGGAGCUAAGGUAAUAGAGAAGCAUAUAACUUUAGACAGAAGCAUGAAAGGCACGGAUCAUCAAUGUUCUCUGGUACCAUCGGAAUUACAGCAGUUAGUUCUAGCAGUGCGUUCUUUGGAAGUGAUGCUUCGAACUUCUGCAAAAAUGAUACAUUUUUUCGGUAAUUAA